AUGCAAGGAUAUCUACAUAGUGGGCCUGUUGAUUGCACCAAGCCAUUUGAUAUAGAUGUUCUCAAGGGAAAGACUGCAAUUGUUACAGGAGGCGCCAAUGGCCUUGGCGAAGCCUAUGUUCGUGCUUUAGUUACCGCAGGAGCCAGGGUUUGCGUGGGCGAUUCUGACGAAGAAAGAGGAAGGAAGUUGGAACAAGAACUCGAUGGGGCAACGUUCGUUCGCUGCGAUAUCACGAAAUGGGAUGAUCAGGUCCGACUUUUUCAAAAGGCUAUCCUCUUUUCUCGCACAGGAAAAAUCUCGCAUGUCAUCGCCAAUGCCGGCAUACAUCGCUCCGAUGAUAUCUUUUCGUAUUCUGGAGACCAUCAGGAGCCGGAGGAGCCCAACCUGAGCGUCGUCGAUGUCAACAUUAAAGGCACUUUGUAUACCGCCAAAUUAGCUGCCCACCACUUCAUCCGGCAAAAUGGCACGCAAAGCUCGACCGAGCAAGAAGAUACAUCUUUGACUUUGAUUGGAUCAGGGGCUGCUUUUUUGGACUGUCCGCGGGCCCCUCAAUAUUGUGCGAGCAAAUGGGCCAUGCGCGGGAUCAUGCAUUCAUUGAGAAGAACUGCUUUCUUCCAUGGUGGUCGGGUCAACGUCAUCUCCCCAUGGUACGUGAAAACAAACAUUCUGUCGGAUGAGACGUUCAAACAUGUUUCAAGUGGUGGAGUAGAGUUUGCACAGGCGGAAGACGCAGCGCAGUGCCUGCUGAGAAUCCUCGGCGACAGGAGUAUCAAUGGGCAUUCUUUAUUCGUCUCAGGAAGAAAAUGGGCUUCCAGUGGAUACAUUGAUCUGGAUCUGGAAGACUACCCAAGCAAUGCGUUGAUUCGCGAGAUCCAAGGGGACCAAAUAAAAUCAGCUCCUGUUGAGCUUGGAUUAUUUUUGUGA